AUGAGCAAGCAAGGACCACCACCACGAACACCCACCCUCCGCCGGAGAAACUCAAUAGCCACCUCAUUUGUUAUCCCCACAAAGCUCUCCCUCCACACCUCCAGUCUCCCUCCAUCACACUUAAACGGCACCCUUCCUUCUCACCUUGACAUCUCCCUCCUCCCCCUAAAAUCCUCUUUAUCCUACACUUCUAUUAAAGACCUUCUCCCUUCCGCCACCGUUAACUCCCCAACAUCGGCAACUUCCAACACCACUUCCACCUAUGAAAUUCCCAUCCGCAACCGCCUUGUUAAGCAAGCUGCCUGGGCUUACCUCCAGCCCAUGUCCUCCUCUCCUGAUUCCUCUGGCACACACUUCCUCCGCCGUCUCUGGCUUCGCUUAUCCACCAAGAAUCCAAUCACUGCUUGUUUUGGGUUCAUUAGCUUUCGUGUCAUUCCGAGCAUAACUAAUGCUUUUGAUCGGAUCCUCCGUGCCAUUCGAGUCCACUUCAACAAAUAA